AUUGAACUGUCACAUCCACCAACAAUGAGGCUGCAAGUCACACUGCUGCUCGUCUGUGUAUUUUUCCCAAAAGUGCUGACACUGAUGUGUUAUGAGUGUAUAUCAGGGUUGUCUGGACUAUGCACAGACACCCAGACUUACUGUUCAUCUCAAUGUGCCAGCAUGACCACUGCAACGUACGUAGGUGGUGUACAAACGGGAGAAGUUAAUAUGAAGGGCUGUGCAGCAGCUGGACAGUGUGUCUCUGGAAGCCUAAACCUGGGACUUUUGAAAACGACUAUCAACUCGAAAUGCUGCAGCACUUAUUUCUGCAACAGCUACAAAGCACCAGCUUUGCCAAAAGGCUCUCCAAAUGGGAGGAAGUGUUACACCUGUGCUGAUGACGACUGCUUCAGAACCGUGGACUGUGAGGGAGAUGAAGAUCAGUGCAUCAGCGGCAGAGUUAGUGUUGGUGGUGCUCAAAUGAAAAUGAAAGGAUGUGCGAGCAGAAGUUACUGUUCUGCAGACUUAUCGAGGACGAAGGCAGCUGGAAUCUCUGGAAGUUUGAGCUGCUGUGAGGGGAACCUGUGUAACAGUGCUGAGGGGGUUAAGCUGAGUCUCCUCAUCAUGCUGGUUCCACUGAUCUCCUCCAUCCUCUUCAUCUGAACUUUCAUACCAUUUUUCUUUUCUGCCUUUAAGACUAGCAGAGCUGUGUAUUGUAAGGUGUCCAAAUGCAGAGUCUGAAUUGUAAUGAUUGUUUU